CAAAGAUGGGUUAUCAUAGGGUCCCGAAUAAUGAUUUGAUUCCUAGCCUUCCUACUCCACCGUUUGAUCCUGAUAGUCUUAAGAAAAGCUCUGUAGAUGCUCUUCCUCGUGUGCCUGUAGAUGAUGUGAAAUUACCAGACCCAAUACAAUGGUCAAGUAUUGAAAACUUAAGAAAACAUUAUCAAAAAUGGAAGUUACAAAAGGAAAAGGCGCAAUGGGAGACACUUCGACGUGUAGCUCCAGGGUACUCAUCUUCAACACCUUUGCUGUCAACUCAAGCUGAAUCAACAUUUAAGGAUCCUAAUUCUUCAUAAUCCUUUUUCUAUUCGAUAAUAAUGCGACAUGUCCUUUCCCUUGAUUUUUAUAUGUAAUAUUGUGCACAGACACUCUGCUAGUUGCCUUCCACCUUUCACUACGUCUGUUUAAAAUCAAGCAGGUUUUAGGGUAUUUGGAAUAUUUAAAGCUUAAAUAUAAGUAAAAAAAG